ACCCGUUAUGGUCUAUUCGCAACGACAUCUGUCCUAAAAUAUACCCUCGUCUACACCUUUUCAUCCCUUACGCUCCGGUGAUAUACCGCGUAGUUCGCAAAGAAGUCUGCGGUCACUGCUUUUCCUAUGCAUUCGACUGCGACCGCUACGCCUGGAACAUCCGAUAUGACGGUGCUGGAGUAUGGUUCUGCUCUGUGAUAUGUCGUGAUGCCUGGAUGGGGAUGGCUUGCUGGGGAAAAUGAAGGCUGCGGUGGAUGGACUGGCUCAAGGGCAAAAAACAAAGGAACCUGGAUCCAGGAAGGAGAUUACUAGUAAGCAGGACCUCGAUGUCGCUUGGGCUAUAUACUGGAGCCUCUGACAGAGCUGGAGCUUGACACCGUACGAUUUCUCGCGUCUGUAAUCGUCGAAUGAUACAUGGGUGGUGACAAAUGGACAGAUUUUCUCCAACUGCAGGAUAACGAGCUUGACUCUCAGAUCCGGAUGUAUGCGUCCCUACAUACGGCGGCGCAGGCGGUGCCCGUCUUUCAUGCGUACGCGACGGUGGAUACCGUGUGGGCGAGUAUAGGGAAUGUCUUUGGGUUGUAUGGUACGUCCACGUCGGGAGAUAGUGAGAUGCUAGGGUUCGCGAUCAUGAUUGUUCUCCUAAUGUCCGCAAACAACGGAAAGGACGUUCGAUGCGGUUUUAUGCCACCCCCCCGGAAUAUUGAGGCUGGAGAGGAGCGGUGCAUUAGUUAUAUGUCUAAGACAUGAACGAUCCCGUCGAGAAGCGCUGCGAGGAAUUGGAUAGAGAGUGGUAUUUCACUUGUUUAUGCGGUGCGAGAAUGAAUGAAUGAGUAGAACUUUAAUUUU